CAAUUGCGACAUUUACCAUCAAAAAGUCGAAGGUCAGAUGCAGUGCUUGCAAGAUGUCGGACGACGAGAAAGGCAAAGGACCAAAACGCAGUGGGCUACUUACUAGAGUAGAUGGCUUUUUUGACAUUAUGACACGGCCGGCAUAUUGGGCAAAGGCCAAGAUGGAUUCCAUGCAGGAAAACCAUAAAAAUGUUUACUACCAUAGAAAGUAUAAUCGGGUGCCAACAAUUGACCAGUGUCGUGUAGGAGAUGAAAUCUGCAUGUAUGAAGCCAACCAGCAGUUUAAAAGAGAUUUCCUUGUUGACAAGGAGAAGAUGACCCUUCUCAGAAGACGUGUUAAACAAUGUGCUAUUAACAAUGAAUUCAAGGAGGAAGUGAUGUUAUUCGAGUCAUGCAAGGAAAUAGAAGACUUGUAUAAAAAUGCACUGUUGGCAUAUUCUAUCAAGUAUGGAGAAUUGGGCGCAUAUCCCACGGCCAAGUCCUGUUAUAUGAAGCAAAAACAUCGUAUGAUAUGGGAAAGACGUCAUGGCAAGACAAUUACUGCUCCUGAACGUUAGGCCUACUAACAUUUGUUAUUUCUAAGUGUUGAUAAAACCUACCUUCAGCAGCACUGACGUGUUACCAAAAUGCACAUCCAGUUAUGGAUUUAUUAAGGGAUAAUAAAAGAACUGAAUUAUGGCAUCCUGGUCCAAUUUCAGAAGUAGCAGGUAUUGGAAAAUGCUAACUUUGGCACAACGUAAAAAAAUUUCGUGUCCUGAUAAGUUUGUUGAUUGACAUUGCUGGGGAGUUUCUGAAAGUAUAUUAGGUACAAUAGAUGUUUUGCACUAAAGUGGGUUGAGCAGUUUCCAGUUGCAUUUAUAUCUGUAAGGGUGUGACUUAGAUUACUUGUUACGUCUUUUUCGUUACAAUAAACAUGAAAUACUUUUCUAA